AUGUAUCAUUGGAUUUGCGCCUUCAUCACUGCAUUUAGUCACAAUACCCCCGAGCUGAGGGGUGGUCGCCCAGCGAAGCGAGGCCCGGUAGAGGAUAUCUAUAAACGACGAACCAAGAUCCGUAAAACCGAAGAGGGGCAAGCUACGCCCAAACGGGGUGACCCUACCCGAUACAAGACAUCUUCGUCGCACGCACCGAGCGCGGGCUCCCGUCGCUCCGAGCGCAUCAGGACCAGGCAUGACAUGCCUAUUGCCAUCUCCCAACCCCUACCCUCCCUCCAGACCGACGACGAACUAUCGGAAGACGGAUUAGAUACCUCAGACGAUGACGACAGACCAUUAUCCCCAGACGCCAAAUUCAAGAACGCAUGCCUCGUGGUUGCGAGGAUUUGGGCUGGUGCGGAGCUGGCAGAGCGGCGCUCUGCCAUCGCAGCCUGGGCAAGUCAUGUUUCACCCCCAUAA